AUGCCGCCAGGACCGCGCUUGACGACGCUUCCAGUUCUGGGGAACAUACUCUCCUUGGAUUUGAAGGCAGAGAAAUUUACGGAUGCUAUUAAAGGUUUGGAGGAGAAAUACGGCCGGGUUUUCUCCCUAAAACUUGGAAGCUAUAAGGUUGUAAUGGCGGCAUCUCCAGAGGCAGUUUAUGAAAUGCUUGUUACAAAAUCCGCGGAUUAUGCAGGAAGACAGCAGACCUAUGCUUUGUAUUCAAUAAAUCUUGGAGGGAAAGAUGUCUUGUUAACUCACUAUGGCCCAAGCUGGAAGCUUCAUCGCAAACUCUUCACAACAGCCUUACGCCAAUACUUGUCAGAUAUUCCUCUGAUUGAAAGCCGAGUACUAACACAGGCAGAGAAACUGACAAAAUAUAUAGAAACGCUAAAAGGAAAGCCUUUUGAUCCCUCAGAAAGCUUAAAUCGAACCGUUGCUGACGUUAUCUGUGGCAUCACCUUCGGAGAAGGAUACGACACCACCGAUCCAAAUUUGAGCAGGCUCCUGAAGCUUAACGUUGAUUUUGUGUCAGACCACGAAACUGCACAGCUCGUUAAGAUAUUGGAUUUUUUCCCUGUUACACAGUACCUACCUAUUAAGGCUUACGAUCGAUUCAUUCAGCCUUUCUACAAAAUGUUCGAUAUCAUUCGCAUAUUCUUGCGAGAGCGAGAGAAAGAUUUUGAUCCUGAGCAACCCAUUCAAGACUUGAUCUCGGGUCUCAUUCUCGCCAAAAAAGAAGCCGAACGCGAAAAUGACUCGGAAAAGUGCGCUUACUUAUCGGAGGAUUACUUUGUUAACACAGUAGAAAACAUGUUCUUCGCUGGCUACGAAACUACAAGUACCAUUAUGAAGUGGGCAAUAGCCAUGUUGGUAAACUACCCAAAAUAUCAAGAGGAUAUUCAACGACAGUUAGAUGAGGUAGUUGGUGACCAGACACCGUCAUUGAAUGAUCGAACCAAUCUGCCCCUAAUCCACGCCACCAUCAUAGAAACGCUUCGUCUUGGAAACGUGGCUCCGCUUGCAGCGCCCCAUUCUACCUUGAAUGAUACAACUCUCUGCGGCUUCCGCGUCCCUAAAGGUACGAUAGUGCUUCCUAAUAUUGAGUCGGUUCACCUGGAUCCCAAAUGCUGGGAAAACCCGACUGAGUUCAACCCUUACCGUCACCUUGACGAUGAAGGAAAGCUGAUCACAAAUCAAGGUAACUACUUCCCAUUCGGAGCGGGACGACGGUUCUGUGCUGGCGAACCCAUGGCUAAAGUCCAGUUGUUCCUGUUCAUUUCGUGGCUGUUUCAGAAAUUCACCUUCGUUGCUGAAGAAGAUGGGUGUCCGCCCAAGCUGAAAGGCUUGUAUGGCUUUGUACAAUUUCCAGCUCCUUACAAGAUACGCGCUAUCAAACGAAAAUGACAUGCAUUUUGACGUAGUGUUGGCCCUCGAAGAAAAGGCUCGGAGGACAUUUUUUAAGUGGUUCUCUUUUUUACAACACACCUCGUAUACCAUUCUUUGCACUCGGAAUCGGAUAUUUUUUACAUUUGUAAUGGUGAGUCCUAAGCAAAUGUAUCAGUGUAGAAGCACCUUGUUUGAUCCCGUUAUUAAUAUUAUUAGCUCGCAUUUAGUUUAAUUCUUUGAACUUCCUGUAGUCGUUUUCCAAUUUUCGAAGGUGUAUUUUAUUUGUGCUUUAUUUCCACCUCUAUCGUUCGCGUUGCGGAGAGCUCUACAACAAUCUCAAAGGUUUUUUGUUACCCAAUUAUCAUAAUGGCUCUCCUAUUAAUGAUUUUAUGAAAAACAGUACGAUCAAGCUGAUUUUAACAUUUUCCGAGUAUCUUAGGAACAUAAAUCUACCACAAGUUUGCUGACAAAGAUUUACCCACUGAAAAGGUGCAAAAUAAGCGUUCAUUCGCAAGCUGGUCGAAGAGGCCGAAAGUCAACCAGGACUCUUCCGUUUGUAUCAGAAAUCUCACACGUUCUCCGCGUUAACCAACUCGUGCGUAAAUUCCUUACGGACAGACUUUUUCAUGAAGUAUUCUAUAUUUGUAUUUUAUUGUCUCGUAGCAAGUCCAGAGCUCGAUGGACGUGUUUUGUCCUACUUUAGUGUUAUCUACAUGAAGAUGCUUUAAUUAAAACUAUAAUCAAUAGCUUCCUAAUAACCGUUUUUUCCAAAUCGGGUCAAAGUUUAUAUCCCAAGCGGCAGCUAGCGCGACAUGUUUGUUUUGUGUACAAACAAGGUUUAAUCGUCAUGUCUUUUCGUUCAAGACCAUUAGGAGAGAAUCUGGCGAAUAGCUAAAUGGUGUCAAAGCACUGGAUAGAGUUAGUAACAAGUUCGGUAAAUAAACUACGUGGCAGAGUGUAUCAGGAGUAGAUUCCUUUCCGGUCUGCUUAACCUUGGUUGGCAAACAAGUUAGUUAUGCCUAAGCCACUUCUCCUCUGCGACUCUAUGUUAUUGUAAAAAGAAAUAUCGCUGUUUUAUUGACUUCAUGUUAGAUCAUGGUAUUUUUGGAAGUUUCCAGCAACAGUGGAUAGUGCAUCUUCAGAAUAACCCUUUCUUUUCAAAGAAAAAAAGAUUGAAAUUAUUGGUUGCGUGACAUGAUGAUGCCGUGUAACC